AGCCCACCCUCUCUCUGGCCCUCUCUGCGGUGCGGGACCCCCAGGCCACGUCCGACCCCCUGGAGCUGGUGUGUCACGUGACCAACAUCGCCCACCUCCCCCCGGUGGGCCGGCUGGGGGUCACCUGGAAGCACACCCCGACCCCCGGAACCGAUGUACAACCCGCCCGCACCAUUGGCUCCCUGGAUCACCACGGCAACCUGAUACCCGGGCCGGGCGACGCCGAUAGGUUCGCCGCUGGCGUGAUGUCACUGAGGAGGGUGGAGCCGGACACCUUCAAGCUGAUCCUGCUGAGGGCUCAGGAGGUGGACAUGGGGCAGUACGUGUGCAACGUCUCUGCCUGGCUCCCGGACCGCCAGGGGGGCGUGGCCAAGCUGGCCGAGCACCUCAGCGCCCCACUCAGCGUGAGCUGGACCCCCAAACGUCCCUCUAUGGGCGUGGUCGCCGAGCGGCAGCGGGAGGCCUCGGGGGGCGGAGCCACCUUCGAGAUGAGCUGCACCGUGGCCCCCAAGAACCUGCCGGGGGCGGGCUUCUCUGUGCUCGUCCAAUCACAAGAGAGCAUCGAGGGCGCGGUCAGGACCAUCAUGAACCUCAGCCCCGACAACGUGCUGCAUUACGGGGGGGCCACGGACCCCCAGAGGAGGGACAGCCUGAUGCUGACCAAGUCGGGCCGUCUGGAGUUCCGCUUCCGUCUGGCCGGGGUGCAGCUCGCCGACCGCGGCUUCUACUGGUGCGACGUCCACGCGUGGACCAAGCCGGCGGACGGUGGGGCGGGGGGGACGUGGACCGAGGCCACCAGCGCAGAGUCCAACAAGGUCCGCAUCGACUUCCAGGAGAACGGGCCGUCAUUCGCCGUGGCCAUCCAAUCAGACCGCAGCAGUGUGUUCCCCUGGGAGACGGCCAAGAUGGAGUGUGCUCUCAGCGUCUCGGGGUCCGCCCCCAAGAGUGACGACGUGGCCUACGAGGUGAGCUGGUUCUUCUCCCGUCUGCGUGGCGGCUCCGCCCCCGCCCUGCUGGCGGCGGUGGACCGCUACGGCGUGGUGCGGGGCGGGGCCGGCGGCCGCAACACCUCCAGCGACGUGUCGGUGGAGCGCCGCGACGCCAACACCUUCCUCCUCAGAGUGCACGGCACGCAGGACAGCGACAGCGGGGAGUACCACUGCAGUGCCACGCCCUGGUACCUGUCGGCCUCCACGGGCGCCUGGACCCAGGCCCAGGAGCUCACCUCGCCGGCAGUCUUCCUCACCGUGCGGUUCGCAGUCUGGGAGUCGCUGAAACUGCCGCUGCUCUACGGAUCCAUGGCCUCACUAGGCGUGGGUAUCUUCUCCCUGGUCCUGGGCCUGCUGUGCGCCCACUGCUGCUGCAGGAACACCCUCCACACCCCCCGCUCCCGCAACAAGCUCAUGGACCUGGAGAUGGAUUGACACACGCUCACCCCCCCCGCACUGCCCCCGUUAGCCCGCCACCACCACAACGCCGCCCAGCAGAACCACCAGCACCGUCCAGUGAGGGUCUACAGCACCCUGCCCAGGAACACGCUGCCCAAGAGCCGACCCCAGGCCAGGCAAGCACUGGCGGACGACUUCUGGGACAGCCACUCGUUCCCCCUGGACGGUCGCUGGGAGUGACCGCCGCGUUUCGGAGUUUGGAGGAGGAUCGUUUUUUCCGAAUGCUUUCUCUGUUUUAUUUUUUCUACUUUCGGGGAAAACCGAUUUGUUUUUUAAGGAUUUUCACGGGACUAUCACUCCCGUUCUCCGAAGUUUUCCUCUGAGGAUUUUUUAUUUGUAUUUUUUUUUUUUUCUUAAGGGAAAAUCAGUCCCUAUUCCGGUCGUCCCGGUCCUCCUCCAAAUUGAAAAAACGCGGUUCCAGUUGUGGCUAUGGUGCUUUUUUUUAAAACCAGAUGUGGUGGACAUCUUUGCGCUGGGGGCAGCGUGCGGGGGGGGGGGGGGGGGGGGGGGGGAUGGGAGGGGUCAUCAAGGGGGUCACCUGAUGACGACUAACUAAUUACCACAACACACGUUUUGACUGUGUUGAGACUUUUUCCGAGGGUCUACCCACGACCCGCUUCGUAAACCACUAGAACUCCACAGUGCCGCGCCAAGACUAGGGACAGGAAGUACAACGUGAAGCACAGGAAAUGCCUUGGGACUCCACGGCGGCCAUUGUUCGCCGACGUUGUCAACUUGGGGAUUUUCCACCACUUGAGAAGCUGGAGUGUUCUGCGUUCUCCGUUUGGUCCACGUGGUUGUUUCUAUGGAAACGACUCCACACGUUUCAGGGGUGGGGUUUGGGGGGGUAUUCCGGAAUCCCGGUCAUGAGACCGGGAUUUUGGAUCUUCCAGUGGACGGGUCAACCGAAAACGUGGCGGUUCUGUGCAAUUCAGGGACAGACUUGACACCUUCAAAGUAAUAAUGACUCCGUGGUCCCCAAAAGGUACUGCACCGAUACUGGAUUGUGUGAGGACCUUAAUGGAAAAGGGGACACCAACCAGUAUCCUAUAAUAGUGUCUCUCUCUCUCUCUCUCUCUCUCUCUCUCUCUCUCUCUCUCUCUCUCUCUCUCUCUCUCUCUCUCUCUCUCUCUCUCUCUCUCUCUCUCUCUCUCUCUCUCUCUCUCUCUCUCUCUCUCUCUCUCUCUCUCUUUCCCCCCCCCCCCCCAACAUGAUAUGCAGUUUUGCCUGCGCUAUGUGUGCGACCAUGGUCAACCGAGACAAACUCGAUUCCACUCCAUCCCCCACGUCAUCCGAGCGGGCGAUGACGUCAUGAUCACCCACCCCGACCCUAAGGUGUAUCUUCUGGGUGAAGGCGGGACAACUCAAUGGAAAUCCAUCCUGUGUGUUCUUCGGCAUCCCACCCCCAGCCUCGGUGGAUGAGAUAAAAGAGACUUGUAUUGCCAACCCCCCCCCCCACAAAAUAGCCACAUUGUUAGGGUCCGGACUACGAGACCCUAACCCAACAACAUGGCUUUUUGUGGUGUAGGAUGGAGAUCCACCAUUUUGGGGGGAAGGGGGUCGUUUGACCUUUGACCUCACAUGAACCACUAUUGUUUUUCUCAUGACCCACUGCCCAAAAUGGUUUCCAAGAGGUCCUCAGUUCUAUAUGCAAUCGUUUUCCCGCUCGUUUUGUGAUCCAGUGCAAUGUGCCAACGAUUUCGAAAGAUCACAUUUUAUACAGAAAAGUUAGCACGUUUAUUUAUGCAUAGAAGUUAUAUAUUCCACCCGGCUACGACCUAUGUAUCAGCCAAUCCUGUAUUUUUGGGGGCAAAUGGGAGUAUAGCCGUUGCUUGCUAGCUCACUCCCUUGCAAGCUAGUAAGCACUAGGAAUGACUAACAACGGCGUGCUGCUAGCUACCAGUGCACCUUUGUGGUUACCGCUGUUGUUAGCAAGCUAGCAGCAAGCCGUUUGAUAGCUAGCUACCAGUGCACCAUUGUUAGCGCUGCUGUUGGCUAGCUAGAUACCAGUUCACCGUUGUUAGCUAGCUACCAGUGCGCCGUUGUUAGCUCUGUUGUUGGCUAGCUGCCAUAUCCCAUGAAUGACAAACUCAUCACACAGACCGCAUCACGUCAUUGUCGUUUGUGAUAUCAUUAUUCGCGAUGAUGACACAGUCCGACGGAACUGGAUCUCGUGAGCGCAUUGUGUUUCUCCGUGGACAUGUGCGUCAGCAGUUUCGUGAGGUCGAUGUACUCCAGUAAUAAUCGGAGGGCCUUUAGAAUGACAGACGACUUAAAAUCCAUGACCACACACAGACCACGCCAUACCGAGAUGAUAGGGCUUUUAACGCAGAGUAAAAAGGCAAUUUUUCUUCCUCGGUCGGUCCGAGUAUCCCGAUGAGUAUAUGUGAGUAUAUGAAUUUUGAUGAUGUUUUUAAAUAAAUCGAUUUUUCAGCCUGUGA